GUAAAAAAAGGAGAAUUAAAUCCUAAAGUGAUAUUUCAAAGUCAUACAAUCGAUGACUAUAAACGUAAAUGUAUUUGCAUAACAUUUUCCCAAAUUGUUAUUGAGUGACUAAUCGCUUGCAUAAGCGAGAUGUGGCUCUAUAGGGGACUUGAUGCAUUUUCUCGUGUUGGACUACAGACAUGCAUUUUAGGCGGGUUUAGCCUGUGCGGAUUCCUGCUAAUAGCCUUUAACCUUCUCUAUACCCCAGACGACAUACGCUCCCUCUAUCAGCCGAAACACAUAGACGACAGACUUAGGAAGAUACACGAGGAACUGUUUAAAAUGAAAAAAAAGCUUGAAGAUAGUGCCAGCUCUGCCAGUCUUGCGGAGUACUCUCAAAGAGCGAGAAAUUCGCGAAGAAAGGUUAUCUUAUGUUAUACGGAAUUUUUCUACAAGAAGCCUUGGGACUGGAUGAAUUCUUCAUUGAUGUUCAACCAAUGGGAGGGCAUUGCCUGUCCGUACUUUGAGUGUCGCUUGACGUUUGAUAACAAAGAGUUCAAGAUAGCUGAUGCUGUAAUCUUCCACGCUAAGGAUAUGCCUGGACGCAUGGAAAUGUUUCGUCUCGCUAAACAGAAGCCUAGGGCGCAAAGGUGGAUUUACUUUGCAUUGGAAAGCCCUAAGUAUAAUCCGGAUGCAAAAUGGCUGAACAACUUAUUUCACUGGACUCUGACUUAUCGACGCGAUUCCGAUUUUUACUCCCCGUAUGGGUACUAUUAUAGAGUAUCGCAUGGUGUCAAGCAUACAGACCGAACUAUCGCCAGGAUUGUAAAUAAGAAAGAUAGAUUUGUGAUGUGGGCAGCUAGCCACUGUGGGCUUGAACGAGAGAGGUUCAUCAAACAGCUCUCCAAAUACAUCCCUGUGGAUGUAUAUGGCAUUUGUGCCAAGAAAAUGGGGAUCAAGGAAGCAGGAAAGUGCAAAAUGGAUGCCCCAGAGUGUACUGAGCUAAAAAAGAGGUAUAAAUUUCAGCUCGGCUUUGAGAAUUCUAAUUGCCUGGAUUAUAUUACAGAGAAAUACUGGGCAGCUCUAAAACUUGGAAUAGUACCCAUUGUCAUAGGGGGGUCCAAGUAUGAUUCCAGUGUUGCAGUGCCUGGCUCAUACAUCAAUGCAUUAGAAUUCAGCUCAGUGAAGGCUUUGGCUGAUCACUUGAUUUACCUCAAUAGAAAUGAAGAGGCUUACAAAGAGUACCACUACUGGCGAAAAAAGUACAGGACUGUAACCCUUGCCCCGUGGACUUGUACUUUGUGUUCGGCAUUGAACAUCCAUUAUAAGCAGACUUAUAUAAGAGAUCUUCAUAACUUCUGGAGCAUAGGAAAACAAUGUGGGCUGUCUGAUAAUAGACUGACCCAGAUUGUUGAUAAAGACAUAGCACCUUAUCAACCAAACAAAAGAAAAAAGAAGGAAAAAUUAAAAAAGUGAGAAAAACUAAUAGUAAAUGAUUCAAUAGAUGACAAUUAUUUCCAUUUUGGGUGAGAUGGGUUAAAAGCUUUGUUCUGCUAAAAGCCAAAUGAAAAAAAUAUAAACAUAAAAUACAAAUUGCAAUUUGCAUCAAAUGCAAACCUUGUCUUUUAUGGUAUUAGUAGCAUUAAGCAGCCACUUAAUAAACUGACGGCUCCAAAGUGACCAACCUGCCUAGUCCCAAAAUACCAAUUUCUAGCUAAAAGCAUGUAUUUGAGUUUCCCAAGCAGUCACGUAUUUGUGAAAAUUCUCUUGUAAGAGAACAGUUCUCCAAUUGCCUAUUAAUGUAUGAGAGAUAUAGACUAAUCAAGCUCAAAUCAUUAUUCCUGUACAAAAAGUUCCAUUUCUUAACACAACAUAGCUGCCAUUUGCUUGGACUUGAGAGCGACAGAUAGGUUCUAUUCCCAGACAAUGUUUAAUUUCAUUUGCCCUGGCUCGCAGAAACAAGCUGGAAAGAUAGCCUGGCAAAACAAGUGACAUGACCAGUGGUAAUCCUUAAGUAAUGUUGGUGCAUACUUGCCAACUCUCCCAGUUUUUGCCGGAGACUCCCAGCUUUUAGCCUUCAUCUGCUGGCAAAAAGUGGAUGUAAUCUCCUGGGAAAAUUCAUCAAAAAUUUCUUAUACAGUUCUAGUAUUUGAAGAACUAAUCUCCAGGUUUUAAGCUUUCUAGGUUGGCAAGUAUAUGUUGGUGCUAUGCACUGGGCUGAAUACUCUCACCCAAAAGGCAUAUUCUCACUAAUGAAAAAAAAAACGAAGUAAAAGGUGGAAUAAGCCGAAAUAAAGAGAAAUAUAAAGCUUAUGUGCAUGUUAAAAUCCGGUUUAAGGCAGUGAAAGUGAAUGUAAGGGAAAAAAUGCAAUAAAAAUUCCUUUCAUCCUCUUUUAACGCUAUUUUUUUAUUUUUAUGCCCAGUAACUUAAAACUUAUUUAUAUGAUUCAUUGCAUAAGUAAAAAUCGACCCUUGUGACACAA